AUGGCGAUUCCAAGAACAAUUUUGACAAUAUUGAGUUCAAAAGCAACUUUUAAGCGCGGCCGUGAGUGUGGUGUGGAAGGGAUAAGAGAGGAGAACGAGUUUCAGAGUUUUCAGAGAGAGGAAAACCAAUACCCCACCAUUUUUGGUGCGUUAAUCGGAGCCAAUUCAGUAGACAUGGAAAAUUCCCAAGAUCAACAACCACUCCCUCCAGGUGUUCCUUCGUGGCCAAACUAUGCCGAUGCCGCUCCUUCACCUCAAUACCCCUUUCCUCCCAACGCCCCGUACGACCUUCAACAAGGAACCCUUUCACACCAUGGGUUCGCCACCGGUCACGCCUUAACCUCAGAGGUCAUUCCCGAUGUUAAACCAAUCGAACAACAUGGAGAAAAUAACUCUUCCGAUUCUAACCUUGCUCGGAACGCUAGAGUGGACGGUGCCACAGUUAGUGUUUCCGCCGCUUCGAACUACUAUGGAGCGCAGUUCAAUGGCUCGAAUGACAUUGAUAUUGCUGCACAGGAUGCAGUGCUGCGCGAACAAGAAAUUGCGAUGCAAAAUGUCGUGAGGAGUCAAAGAGAGGGAAGAACUGCAGCUGCACCUAACAAGGAUAAUUUGGAUGUUUUCUCAGAGCGGCGUGACCCCAAUGCUUUGAAGGAGCAUCUAUUGAAAAUGGCCACAGAGCAUAGGGCUGAAAUGGCUGUGAAGCGUGGGAAAGCUGCACGUGCGGAAGAAGGUAACACAGAAAUAGGCAAUGGAUAUGGUGUACCUGGUGGAGGUGCCUAUUAUGAUGCUCCAAAACUUAAUACUACUGCAGGUAGCAAUGCUUCCAGUCAGCCUGAUCAUAUACUUGAUAGAUGUUCAGAACCAAAACCUGCAGCUAAAGAAUUGCCUGAGUUCCUCAAGCAGAGGCUGAGAGCUAGGGGUAUUCUUGAAGAAGAUUCAUGUGCUUCAGAUCUUAAAGCCACUGCAGCUGAAGUUACGGAAAAUCAAAAGUUGCCACUCGGAUGGGUCGAGGCAAAAGAUCCUAGAAGUGGGGCAUGUUAUUAUUAUAAUGAAAGUACAGGGAAGAGUCAAUGGGAAAAACCUCAAGAAUCAUACUUAACUGAGCAAUCACCAUCAUCUUCACAUCUUCCAGAAUAUUGGGUGGAGUCAUUGGAUGAAACAACAGGUCAUAAGUAUUAUUACAAUACAAAAACUCAUGUAUCUCAAUGGGAGCGUCCUAAAUUGGCUCAGGAAGUAGUUUCAAAUCACUCAGGCAUGUCAGUUGGUGGUGGGUAUGAUCAAUCAUCUAAUUUGACACGGUGCAUGGGAUGUGGAGGUUGGGGUGUUGGCCUAGUUCGACAAUGGGGUUACUGCAAUCACUGCACAAGGACCAGUUCGAAACCUCCAUUUCACAAGGGAGGUAGAAAAGGGGGUAAAAAACGUGAUUUUGCAGAGGAUGACGAGUUGGAUCCCAUGGACCCUAGCUCCUAUUCUGAUGCUCCUCGUGGUGGCUGGGUCGUGGGUCUGAAAGGUGUGCAGCCACGAGCAGCUGACACAACAGCAACAGGUCCUCUCUUUCAACAACGACCAUAUCCAUCACCUGGAGCUGUUCUUCGGAAGAAUGCUGAAAUUGCUUCUCAGAAGAAGAAACCAAAUUCAAAUUUUACUCCCAUAUCCAAAAGGGGUGAUGGAAGUGAUGGCCUUGGUGAUGCAGACUAG